UCUUGCUCCUUUUCCCUCCCGCUUCCGACCGCUGCCCCCCUCCUCGCUCCACUCCCCAUGACGGCGACGGAGGCGGCGGCGGCGGCGUAGGGGACGGAUUCAGCGCGGCCGCACCAGUGCGGCAACCGGGGGAUCGCGUGGGAGCGAGAUGGCGGCGCCGGCGUCAGCGGCGGCCGGGCGCGGCGGGGGCAUGUCGUCGGACAACGCCAAGGGCCUGGUCCUCGCGGUGUCGUCCAGCGCCUUCAUCGGGGCCAGCUUCAUCGUCAAGAAGAUGGGGCUCAGGAGGGCGGCCGACUCCGGCGUCCGCGCGGGAUAUGGAGGAUUUUCUUACUUAGUGGAGCCUCUUUGGUGGAUAGGCAUGAUUUCUAUGAUUGUAGGUGAAAUCGCUAAUUUUGCUGCUUACGCAUUCGCUCCUGCUAUUCUUGUCACUCCUCUUGGUGCACUCAGUAUAAUUAUCAGUGCUGUACUUGCACAUGCCAUUCUACAGGAGAAACUGCACAUAUUUGGUAUACUUGGUUGUGUUCUCUGUGUUGUUGGGUCCAUCACAAUUGUACUCCAUGCUCCACAGGAGCGUGACAUUAAUUCUGUAAAGGAAGUUUGGGAUCUUGCAACUGAACCAGCUUUCCUUUGCUAUGCAGCUAUAAUAGUUGCAGCAGCCUUAGUGCUCAUAUAUUUUGUUGUCCCUCAUCAUGGUCAAACAAACAUAAUGGUGUACAUUGGAGUUUGUUCUCUUCUGGGAUCACUCACAGUUAUGAGUGUAAGAGCUCUUGGAAUUGCAUUGAAGCUAACAUUCUCAGGAACAAACCAACUAUUCUAUCCUCAGACUUGGGCUUUUGCACUAAUUGUGGCCACCUGUGUGAGCACUCAGAUUAACUAUCUAAAUAAGGCGCUGGACACCUUUAAUACAGCAGUAGUCUCACCAAUAUAUUACGUGAUGUUUACAUCACUAACAAUUAUAGCCAGUGUGAUAAUGUUCAAGGAUUGGGACCAUCAAAAUCCAACGCAAAUUGUUACAGAGAUGUGUGGUUUCCUGACUAUCCUUUCUGGGACAUUUCUUCUUCACAAGACCAAGGACAUGGCUGACAGUCCUGGACAAUCUUUCUCCACAGAACGGCUAAAGCAUGCUAGUCAGAAUGGGUUUUCCAUUGAAGUCAUGCCACUAAAAUGUCAAGAUUCUGUGGAUGAUGAGGCCUUGACGCUGUCACUUCCCAAGGCUGACAAUGGCUACCUAAAGGAAGAGCAUCCUCUUAGAUAUAAAUACUCGAGUAUUGUCUGAUAGAUAAUUCUUCGCCAACCUUUGGCAGGAUAUCUUGGGAAUCUUUUUGCUCACAACGAUCAGCCAAGAUUAAUUGAUUUAGAACUGGAGUAGGAGGUUUUACUUCAACCUGGCCUUGGAUAGAUUGAGAUCACAGAUUAUAAGUUGUCAACUAUUGCUUGCCUGUUUCUGGAGGAUGUUUUCUGCUAAGGAGCAAGCCAGAAAGAUGCCAAAUUCAGGCCAAAGAAGUGUUACUCAUCCAGGAAUACCAGUUCUGGAAAAGCAUUUGAAGUGUAUUUAGAGACAGUGGUGUUGUUCACUAUACUAUUUCUUUUUCUCAUUUUAGGUUAGCUGCAAUGUGAUCUUAUCUGAUUUCUAGGAAGUUGCUAUAUAGAAACGUCAGGCUUCAUUUUCUGUACCUGUAAUUACCUCAUAAAUUGCUGCCUGCUUGUCAAUGUGUAUACUGAGCCUGUGUAAGUAUCAAUUCAUACUUUAUGAUAAGCGACCCCUUCUGAUAAACAGUUGAUCACUCUAA